GACCACUUGUUUUGCAUGCCAUUACGAGCGCCGUCACCCGCACAGCUCAAAUCUAAGGCAGCCCGCGAGCCGCUCGCGUCGUAGAGAGGCAGCAUGGCCGCCGCGGAGCUCGAGGAGGUCGACCUCGACGCCGCCGAGGCGGCCUGGGAGGAGGCCGAGCGUUUAACAUUGGAGGCGGCCGAGGCGGAGGCCGAGGCGGAGGCUAGGGAGCUGAAACUGCGGGCGGAGCUCGAGGCGGAGCUGGCCCGCGCGUUACUGGUCGCCGAGGAGGCGCGGCAGCGCGCGCGCCGGGCGGAGCACGUCGCGGCCAAAUUGAGACGCCGCGCCGCGCGCGCGUGGCAGCCCGACGAGGGUAAGAAACGCGAUGAAGUCGUGGCGCUGUCGAAGGCCGCCGACCGCAAGGCCACGCGUUUGGUGAAAAGGGAGGCGGACGCGCGGCGCGCGGCCGAGGCCGCGGAAGAGGCGCUGAGAAAUUGCCCGCCCCCGCUGAGUGCGCGGCAAAAGGCGAUCAUCAACAUGGAGCGGAACUGGAAGGAGGCUUUGAAGCGAAUAAAGGCGAGCGCGCGGCGCCGCAAGCGGGACAAGGCGAAAAGCCAGGCGCGGAGCAAGGAAAAACACGAGGCGUGGGUGGCGCGCUGCGAGCGAUUUAAAGAAAAAAGCCGGCGCCUUCAUUUGGGAGACGUCGUCGGGCGCCACGAGCGCAUCAAAAAGGCGGAGCAAGAAAGGGCGGCGGACGAGCGGCGGACCGGCCUCCGCGUCCGCGCGGCGACGGCCGAGCUCGUCGCUAGAGCUGCGAUGGACGCGUCCGUCAAGGCGAUGCAAUCCAUGGAGCGGGCCGUCGCCGCCAUUCAUGCCGCGGACCGGAGCAAGGACCGCGCGGACCGGCGGCGCGACCGCCGCGAGGCGGCUUCCGCGGCGGCUUCAGCGUUGCGCGCGAAUGUACAAAGGCAGCGCGCGGCGAAGAAGGCGGCGGUCCCCUUAUCAAAGAGCAAGCCGCUGCGCGUCCAGAUUUGUUAUUUGAGCGAGCCGCGAGCGGCCAUCGACGCGACCGUCCCGGCGGCGUGGGCGGACGCGCCGGUCCGGCGGUUGUUGAUGGGUUUCCGGAAGGGCUACGCGGCGCAGACGCAAUGCGCGCUCCCGGACGGCGCGGAGCUCUUCACGCUGAAGGGGGGCGUCUCGCUCGCGGGCGAGACCGUGCGCGAGGCCGUCGCGCUCGCGGACGGGAUGAUCGAAGUUCGAAGUGCGUGAGCCAUGUUGUAUUUAACUACACUAAGU